AACUUGAGACAUCAGCGUGACUGAGCAUGUGACCGUGUACGUCACGGUGCGGUGCGCUAAGCGUGACUUGUCACCACAACGGCUUCAACACGCUCCACGAUGUCGAGGGCUAUGACUGCAGCUCAGGUCAUCGGCCUGGGCGAAUAUCUUAACCCUGAAUUUGAUCCUGCUACCCUUACAGUAGCUCAACUUCUUGGUGUUCUUGGAUAUCACAACAUUAGAUUUCCGACUCCUUACACCAAACCAAAAUUGGUGCAGCUUUUUCUUGAUGAAGUCAAGCCGAAGGCGGCGAAAUUCAAGAAGGACAGACUGAAGAAGGAAAACAGUGCUGCUAGCGAUGAUGGAAUAACAGAUGGCAUGACAGGAAAACCUCUCAGUGGUGCCACUAAGCCAAGGCGAUCUUCCAGGAGAUUUUCUCGUGCACCGUCAGAUGACGACGAACCACCGCCUCGACCAGAUCCACCGAAGCGCCGUCGUUCGUCUGCACAACCCAGCCUUGGUGGCGCACCUAAAACCAUUGUUCGCACCGCCAUGCAGCCCGCAGUCAUCGAGGAAAGUGAACCUGAAGAAGACCCGCCCUUGCGCAAGGUAGGCAGGAACAAGAAGAGUUCACAAGCUGCAGGCUCGCAAGCGCGCAGAAUAUCGCUUGCAGAUGACAGCGGAUGGGAGGAUAAUAACAUUUUCCAGUCGGGCGCUGAAUCAUCUUCGCCUGUGCGGCCGUCUCCUGUGCGUCCUCAAAGUACUCGGAAAAGUGGUUCUGUCAAGAAGUCACGUCACUCGAUGUCAGCACCUCCUCAAGCAUCUCCUUUCUUGUCUCCUCCGAAAGCGCCUCUUUUUCCGGUGGAUCUACAGCGCUCUCCUCCGCAAUCAAAGUUUGAACCAGAACUUCCUCCGACAUUUUUACGAGUCCCCCAAAUCUCAACUCCAUCAGAAACGGUCCGGUUCAGUCCCGUUGAACACCGGUCUAGACCGUCUUCUCAAUUGACAACCAAGGUCGAUGCCCGUGGCCUAGAUUUUGAUGAUGGCACAGACGUAGUUGAUGGCCAGACUGCUGAUGAAAGCCAGAGCGACAGUUUUGGGGACCCUGAUUCGCUAGGGGUUGCCGUAUCCAAUCGUAUUGCUGGUGGUAACCAAUUGGUUCGCCGGCGUCCAGCCCCUCCCCUGCAACGUUCUAGGUCUCGUUUUAUGACACUCCUCUACCUAAUUGUGAUAGUCGCCGGAUCCUACUUUGUGAAGCAGUACAAAGAUGAAUCAUCUGCCAUUGGUUACUGCGAUACUGGCAGCAACACCAAUCAAGCACUACGGGACCUCGAAGCGCAGCGGGAGGCAGUCCAGGCUCGUAACAAAGACAAUAAAACUGUUAUAUAUUUGCCAUCGGUCAUAUCGGAUAUUGGGUUAUUCGAGGAUGGAAUUACAUGUCCCCCUCUACCAUUCAUUCCAGCCUUGCAUCCUUCAGCAUGUGCUCCCUGUCCAGAAUUCGCGACUUGCACGCAACACUCAGUGGUCUGUAACCCUGGUUAUGUAUCGCGUCCUCACCCUCUUCUCGGCAUUUUAUCACCUUUCGGCACCGCAACUCCUCUUGUGGAAAGCAUAUGGAGCUUGAUUGGUGACGUUACCAAUGGCUUACCGAGUUUGGGAUCUGUUGCGUUUCCCCCACGUUGCAACGAAGAUCCGAAACGGAAACGGAAUAUAGGCGCCUUGGGUAAAGCGAUAGAAGCCCUUCUCGGACAGGAAAGAGGGAGACGCGUUUGCAUCGGGGAAAAACAAAGUCGGGAGAUUGUCAAUGAUAGUGAAGGGGGCGAGGCCAUGAAAUGGGGUCUAGAAAUUGAGAUUCUAAGGAAUACAAUGAAGCACAAGACAGCUCCGCAUCUUCUCGCCAAUUUUGAUGACACGUUCAAUGAAGCCAUACAACAGCUAGUCCAAUGGGGUUCCGUAAUUUUUGGGGAGGACAACAUAGGUCAUCGUUAUUUGGCUCACAAGACGCCACACUUGUCUUGGAGCUGUCAACUUACUGUCAAGUCUCGUGAACUUUGGGCAGAAUGGCGAGCGUCUGUGUAUGCUUGUAUAGCGUGCAUGUGCGCAUUGUAUUUCAUAAAGCGGUCCCGGGCGCUCCGUCAAAUGGAGGGAAGACGUGUGGCAGAAUUAGUGCAAAUCGCACUUGAUACCUUGCGUAAUCAAGAACUUGCGCACCAUACGGAUCCAGUGACGGCACCGCACCCAUAUUUGUCUUCUCUGCAGCUUCGUGAUCUCAUCUUACAGGAUGAACAUUCAAUAUCAGUCCGAAGAAGAGUAUGGGAUCAAGUGGAGCGUGUGGUCGAAGGGAAUGCAAAUGUGAGGGCGAACCUUGAAGAAGUCAAAGGAGGGGAUGAACUACGUGUCUGGCGAUGGGUAGGAUCUACCGGUGGACCAGAAAUUCGGAAGGUUCAAUUUGAGACGCAUAAGGAUGAAGUAGCCUGUGAAACACCCCAGUUCUAGUUGCGAUGGGUCGAUCGAUUUAUUGUUGUUUGCUUCUUAUGUUUCUGUGUUUUUUAUGAUAGGUUUUUAUCCCCUCAAUCUUGUUCACAAAAUACUAGUGUGCUUUUUAGCCAUACUGUCGUCCAACCAAUCGGAGUUUUUGUUCGAAUCAA